AUGGCGACCCGAGACACCCGAUUCAACCAGCAAAACCUGGUCGAUACGACGCCUAUGCCGUCGCAUAUCCCCAAGGUGGACGAAAUCGGAGCAACAUCGGCACCCCUGACCAGCGCGGCGUAUUUCAUCGGUGAUCGAUGCAAGGCGUAUAAUGAUGAUUACAUGAAAUGUAAAGUGGAAGCCAAUGGAAAGGGUGAGAUGGAGUGUUUGAAGGAGGGGAGAAAGGUGACGAGGUGUGCGGCGAGUGUGAUCAAGGACAUCAACACCCACUGUUUGAAGCAGUUCACUGCUCAUUGGGAAUGUCUCGAGAAUCAUAAUCAUCAUCUGUGGGAUUGUCGGAAGCAGGAGAUGGAUCUGAAUGGGUGUGUUUUUGAGAAACUGGGCCUCAAAAAAACCAUCCCCGGUGCUCCCGAAAACCAGACCCCCGUCCAUUUGCGUCCUACCCAGAUCUACUCCAAAUAUCCCGGUCCUCAGUAUUAG